AUGAACCUCAGAGGAGCUUCCAAACAAUUUGCUGAAGAAGUCUUGAAAGCACACAAUGACUACAGGAAGAAACAUGGCGUCCCCCCCUUAAAACUCUGCAAGAAGUUAAACAGAGGAGCCCAACAGUAUGCAGAAGAACUGGCUACCACAAGGGUCCUCAAGCACAGCUCCGAGUCUGCUAAUGGAAAAUGUGGAGAAAACCUAGCAUGGGCAUCCUAUGACCAAUCAGGAAAGGAUGUGGCUGACAGAUGGUACAGUGAAAUAAGAAAUUACAGCUUUCAAAACCCAGGGUUUUCUUCUGGAACAGGUCAUUUCACAGCAAUGGUUUGGAAGAGCACAAAAAAAAUGGGAGUCGGAAAAGCUUCUGCUAGUGACGGCUCAACGUUUGUGGUGGCUAGAUAUGAUCCAGCUGGAAAUGUAGUAAAUCCAGGCUAUUAUGAAGAAAAUGUCCUUCCUCCAAGAAAAUAG